AUGGCAACCGCUUGGAGGAGGCGCGAAAUGGCACUACAUCAUGCAGUGUUAGAUGAGCUGACCAAGAGCUUGGAUGGCUCAACGGAUGCGCCGAAAUUCGACAUACAGCAUCUAAUUGAUGCUUCUGAAUACCAAAUGGACGCAGAGAUCCGAAUGGACGCCCUUGACGAUGAUGACUGGCAAGAUGUCAAGAAGAACCGCGACGACAAGGCCCUACCUUCAGAUCGUCUUGUGCAACUAUAUGACAAAGAGAGGAACACGAUGUAUCACGUCUGGAAAAGCAGCUUUGAGGAAUCACGUCUCGCGCCGAAAUCCGACAGUAACGACGUAUCUACGUGCAUCAACGUUUCAUCCAAGGAAGGCAAGCCAGAAGAGUUCAACCGACAAGAGGUGGAUGAAGCAUUGGGCAGAUUAACACUCGAAAAUGGCCAAUGUUUGCCCCAUGGUUACCAGGACUGGAUCGCUAGGAAACUUCAAAGCCGCUUUUCCGUUGAGAACGAUAUUCCUGGAUAUGCAAAUCUUUGCGAACUCUGCCACCGAGUACUCACACAUUCCUGGGUAUUCUAUUAUUGUCUCAUCCAGAACGUGGGCAGGAUACACUCAGUAGAAAUUCCCUACAUUAGGCGACUUGGUGAAAUGUUCCAUCAUUACGAGACUAUAGAGGCAUUGCACGCAUCAGCAAGCGCGGGGUGCCACUUGUGUUCAAUUCUCGCCCAUGCAAAAGACAGCGAAUUUAGUACUUGUGUUGAAGGCUGCAUCGCUUCUUACUACCUAGAGUUCAAUUCUAGGACAUACGGUAGUUUCUGUGUAUACUUGAGUGGAUGUUCUCGAACGAGGUUCUACAGUAGUUGGACGAAUGUGCCUCCUAUAGGACUAGCGACGCUCAAGCAUGCCAACACAGACGCGUCAGAGAUAAUUAGUUUGGCCAAGUCCUGGCUGACUCGCUGUCUUGAUGAAGACGGGAGAACGUGCAUGAUAUCGACUAGGUUUCGACCAUCCAGGCUGGUCAAGAUCAUCGCAACACAUGACUCGUUAGAAUCCGCUUGCGUGGUUCUUCGGGACGAAAUGCCUGCGGAUGUCCAGUACCUGACCCUCUCGCACUGUUGGGGCAAAGCAAAGAUGGUCAAACUUGAAAAAAGCACAUACAAAGACUAUCUGAACCAGCUUCCGCUGUCGAUUCUCUCCAAGACAUUUCAAGAAGCCCUGAAAGUCACGGUGUGGCUCGGAUACCGAUACAUCUGGAUAGAUUCGCUGUGCAUCCUACAGGAUUCGGAUUCGGAUUGGAAGAACGAAGCAGCCAUGAUGGGUGCAAUCUACCGACAUUCUACAUGCACAAUAGCUGCAACUGGAGCGAAAGAUGGCGACGGAGGAUUGUUCUUCAAGAGAUCUGCCCUAGCCUUUGUCGGUUGCCCUUUAUACCGAAGAGACGAGAUGUAUUUCCUUGCUCAAAGGGUUAGCGAAUGGCCUAGCCCCUUGUCAAGUAGGGCGUGGGCAUUACAAGAAAGAUUUCUAUCCCCCAGAGUGCUUAGCUUUGGGUCUGAUAAGAUUUCAUGGUCAUGUGGACGUACCGAAGUUUGCGAAGGUCCCUAUGCGCACCGUGUGCAAUUGAACAGCCACGCUUUCCCAAGGCUACUUGAUCCUAGAACAGACGCAGGUACCGCUUAUGUUGCUUGGGGACAAGUUGUCUUGCAAUAUUCGAUCUGCAACUUGACACUCUGGAAAGACAGAUGGCCCGCUUUUCAAGGUCUCGCCAGCGAAGUUGCUAAAGCUCAAAAUUGGAAGAUUGUGCAUGGCUUACGGUCUCAUCUGAUUAGUACUACAGAAUUACUUUGGCAUACAUAUAAGCCAGAGGCAGGAGCUGUAGAUAUCGGAGAACCUUCGUGGAGCUGGCUCAACAUCAAGAGUAGGGUUCUCCUACACAUAAUUAUGCAAGGUCGGAGUUCGGACGCCCAAAUUGUCUUACAAGACUCCUCUGCUGGAGAAGAAUCGGGUGAUGAUAUUAGAAAUGGUGUUAUUCGAAUCGAGGCCCACAUGGCUGAGUUAAAGUCAGACUCCCCAAGUGAGGAUUUUUCGGGUAGAAAGUGCGACUUGACUACCACCAAUCCACGGUUCCAAGCUCAUAGUCAGGAUCGGCUUCUGAAAGCCUUUUGGUAUCCGGACAGCAUCUCAAUUUGUGAGAAAGAAUUGUGGGCGCUCCAGAUUGCUACGAAAGAAACAUACGCUACUACAAGAUCCAAAACAUCACUUUUUGAGGGGCUGGUGGUCAUUGCAGCGAAAGGAAGGCCAGGAUUCUGGAGAAGGGUAGGGAGGUACGAGGCUUGGAAUUGUUACGAGAACGGUUCAGAGCAAAUCCAUCCCUGGGUCCACGAGAAGAAGACCAUCUAUCUGAUCUGA